CGCUCUUUUUAAUUUUUUCUCCUCCUUCGUCUUCGCUUCUUUCCAACAAAAAGCUCCAUUUUUAUCUCCAUAAAAAACAGAGAAGAUCUAGAGAUUUCAAAUCUCAUCAGCAUUUCCUUAAUUUAUUUAUUUAUUUUCGUAUAUUUUCCCCCAGAAUUUCACAGAAUUUCACAGAUAAUUCAACAAGCUCUACGGCUACAAAUCUCAGAAUCGCCAGGGGGAAUUUAAAAACUAAAAAUGGAGGAAAGAUCAAAUUCUGUGAUACAAGUAGAAGAGGAGCUCCCAACUUUACUGAGAAAAGCCACAACAGAAGAAAUGGUUAGCUUUGGCUUUGACAAUUACAAAGAGAAUAGUUCUCCUCACCCUCACUUUGUCAGUCGUUUUCAUCCUUCUCAUCAUGCCUCCACGACUACUUUGAAUUUGCAAGAAGCAUCAAGAUCAUCAGGAGAAACAAUGGAUGGUAAUCACAACUACAAUGAGGAUAUCAAAGAGAGUACACCAUGGAGGACGAUCAAUCAUCAAAGAAAGCCAUCACUUUCAAUGCCAACUUCACCAAAUAAUCUCAUGAUCUCCGAUCCGACAUCUUCGUCUUUCGACAACAACAACAACAAUAAUGGUGGGUCCACAGGCAAAUCCGUCAAGUUCCUCUCUCAGCCGAUGGCCAAAGUCACAUCUCUCUACAUAGAAACCGGAAACGAUGAUGAUGAUCGUCGUCAUAAUGAUAAUCAUCAUCAUCAUCAGCAGCAGCAACAUCAUCACAGUGGUCAUCUUCAAAACCAAAAUCCGGCGAUGCAUAAGCUUAAGGAUCACAGGUACAACUCGUUCAAGACUUGGUCGGGGAGACUCGAGAGACAAUUCACAAGAAAACCAGCUUCUAUUGAACCGGAGACACCAAACCGGGAUAAGCAAAAUCUUCAUACCAAUGAAGCCAUGCCUGUGGACCGUUACUAUGAUGCCUUAGAAGGUCCUGAAUUAGAGACUCUCCGGCCUCAAGAAGAGAUCGUUCUACCAAGUGAACAAACGUGGCCGUUUCUUCUACGUUAUCCGAUCUCCACCUUCGGUAUGUGCCUUGGAGUAAGCAGCCAAGCCAUAAUGUGGAAAACCCUAGCCACCGCAGAGCCAACCAAGUUCCUCCACGUUCCACUCUGGAUCAACCAAGGUCUCUGGUUCAUCUCAGUCGCUUUAAUCCUCGCCAUUGCCUCCAUCUACCUCCUCAAAAUCAUCCUCUACUUCGAAGCUGUUCGACGUGAAUACUACCAUCCAAUCAGAGUCAACUUCUUCUUCGCUCCUUUCAUUUCUUUACUCUUCUUAGCCCUCGGUGUCCCACCUUCCAUAGUCACUGAUUUGCCACAGUUCCUUUGGUACCUCCUCAUGUUUCCUUUCAUCUGUCUCGAGCUCAAGAUCUACGGUCAAUGGAUGUCCGGUGGUCAACGCCGGCUCUCUCGAGUCGCCAACCCGACGAACCAUCUCUCGGUCGUUGGGAACUUUGUCGGGGCGUUGCUUGGCGCGUCCAUGGGCCUUAAAGAAGGUCCAAUAUUCUUUUACGCAGUUGGGAUGGCUCAUUACUUGGUUCUCUUCGUGACUCUCUACCAAAGAUUACCGACCAACGAGACUUUGCCUAAAGAUCUUCACCCUGUCUUUUUCCUUUUCGUCGCGGCUCCAAGUGUUGCUUCCAUGGCUUGGGCUAAGGUCACUGGCUCCUUCGAUUAUGGCUCCAAAGUUUGUUACUUUGUCGCCAUUUUCCUCUAUUUCUCUUUGGCUGUUCGGAUCAAUUUCUUCCGUGGAAUCAAAUUUUCGCUCUCUUGGUGGGCUUACACAUUUCCGAUGACCGGAGCUGCAAUUGCAACCAUCAGGUACGCAACAGUUGUGAGGAGCACUAUGACUCAAGUCAUGUGCGUUGUCCUCUGUGCCAUUGCAACGCUAGUCGUGUUCGCACUGCUUGUGACCACCAUCAUCCAUGUCUUUGUCCUUGGGGAUCUUUUUCCCAAUGAUCUCGCCAUAGCCAUCAGCAACCGUCCGAAACCCAAACAGAGUAGCCACCAUCGGUGGCUAGACCAACUCAGAAACGUAAGCUCAGAGAACAUCGAGAAUUACUUGAAAUUCACAGACUCUGACAGCAGUCAUGGUAAUGAUCUAGAAGCUGCCAACGGCAAAACUCAAGAGAAUGAUUCGGCAUAAUCGAAAAAUCAUAUACAGUUCUCACAACCCCUGGUGUAAUAGAUAGUAGUAUCCAAGUGUUGGUUUUGAUUUGUUGUCCGUGUCUCUGACACAAGUGAGGAACCUAGUAACGUAAGUGUUCGUUGCUAUGGUUCUAAUGAGCAUGUGUAUACAAGUAGUAAACAAAGGGUAAGGGGUAUCUACAGUGGUGAAACGAUCCAAACGAAAUAGAUAUCUCUUAAAAUGGA